GAUGAGGCAAGCUGCGAUAUUUGUGGUAUGGCGCUAUCCAGCAAAACAGUACGUGUACAUUGUGCCGAUGCAGCGUGUGCCGAUGACUGGGAUGCGUGCGUCACAUGUUUUGCUUCAGGCCAGUCGAAGCCAGAGUCACCACAUAAACCCUGGCAUGCCUAUCGUCUCAUCUCGCCGGUUGAACGGCCCCUCUUUGCGCCAGAUUGGAGUGGUGAUGAGGAAUUACUCCUCCUGCAAGGAAGCGAAAAGUACGGUCUCGGCAACUGGGCGGAUGUUGCUGAGCAUAUUGGCAAUCGACGUACAAAGGAAGAAUGUGAUGCGCAUUACCUCGAAACGUACAUCAAGAGCCCCAUGUAUCCCUUGCCGGACCUGAAUGUUCAGAUUGAAUAUGACGCUGAAGCAUUUCAGGCACGCAAGCGACGUCGCAUCGAUGCGCGUGCUGCCAUUCAAAAAGCACCACCACCCACAAAAUCAAAGCCCAUUACGAGUACACCCUCUUGUCACGAAGUCCAAGGCUACAUGCCUGGUCGUCUUGAAUUCGAGCAUGAGUAUGAGAAUGAGGCAGAAGUCAGUGUCAAGGAUCUGGAAUUCGAUCAAGAUCUCGCCGAGGGCAAUGAGGAUGAGGUGCAGCUCAAGUUGACCAUGCUGGAUAUUUAUAACAGCCGGCUGACACGACGAGCGGAUCGGAAGCGCGUUAUUUACGAACACAACAUGCUUGAAUACAAGCGACACCAAAAUAUCGAAAAGAAGCGCACAAAGGAGGAGAAGGACUUGGUGCAGCGGACAAAGCCUUUUGCCAGGCUACUCAGCAUUGCAGAUUAUGAGUCCUUUCUUGAGGGCUUGUUGAAUGAGCAUAAUUUGCGCAAACGCAUUGUCGAGCUGCAGGAGUGGCGCAGACAAGGCUUGACAAGUAUGGAGCAAGGUCCCAAGUAUGAAAAGGACAAGGCGCAUCGGCUACUCAUGCGGUCGACGGGCAUGGGUCUUCAUGGCUCUCGCUACAGUCGACCAGAAGAAAAAGUGAAAAAGCAUACGGGUGCGCAUAUUGGUAUUGCGCAAGCACACGAUGUUCAGCUGUUGUCGCGAGAAGAGCAAUCUCUCUGUUCAAAUUUGCGCAUGCUACCAAAGGCAUACUUGGUCGUCAAGGAAACUCUCAUUCGUGAACUUUGGCGGACAGGUGGUGCGCUGUCAAAAAGGAAUGCUCGGCAAUUGCUGAAGCUUGACCCAGCCAAGACAACGAAGGUGUUUGAGUAUCUUGCGCAGUUUGGCUUGGUCACAUAGACCCAUUUUUUGAUGACAUCAACGAGGUUCAUAGCAGGACUCAUGUAUAACAUUCACCACUC